AAUGUAAGAGAAGGCAAAAGGGCAAAAAAUAAAAAAUCAAAGGUCCCAUUGUUGGGAAAUCAAGGAGGAGGAGGAGAUGGUAUCAAUGUCAUUAUCUCAUCAUAAUCUCUGGCCACCGGAAUCUGGAUCUUCGGCGUUUCGUGGUUUCGCAACCGCCGCUUCCGUACACGCCUGCCACCAUGUUAGCCGUCACCUCCGCCUUGGCUUCCAUCUUCGCUCUUCCCUUCAGAAACUGCAGCAUUUUUCUGAUGAUGCAAGAAUGGAGUUUGCAAGAUACCAAAGAGUGAUUCUAUUCAAUGGGGCUAAUUUUCUCAAGUCUAGAGUUGAUAUCCGAUUGUCCCCAUCUUCGUCAUUUGUAUGUUUCUUUAAUGGUGGAGAGAGUAGGAUCAACCCUAGAGGAGGUGAGCAAGGAUCGGAGACUUCCAAGAGAAACACAGUUAACGGACGCAGAUGGACUAAUGUCCUCCUUGCCAUUAACGUUAUAAUGUGUAUUGCACAAGUUGCAUCCGAUGGGAAAGUGCUGACAUGGGGAGCCAAGAUAAACAGUUUAAUCGAAAGAGGUCAGCUAUGGAGACUGGCUACAGCUUCUGUUCUUCAUGCGAAUCCUAUGCAUCUCAUGAUAAAUUGCUAUUCUUUGAAUUCUAUUGGACCAACUGCUGAGAGUUUAGGUGGUCCAAAGAGAUUUCUUGCCGUUUACUUGACAUCCGCAGUUGCAAGUUCAGCUAUGAGCUACUGGUUCAACAAAGCGCCAUCAGUUGGUGCUUCGGGUGCAAUUUUCGGAUUGGUUGGUUCGGUAGCGGUAUUUGUUAUAAGACACAAACAGAUGGUCAGAGGUGGAAAUGAAGAUCUAAUGCAGAUAGCUCAAGUUAUUGCCCUAAACAUGACAAUGGGUCUAGUGUCCAGACGCAUAGAUAACUGGGGACAUAUUGGUGGCUUGCUUGGUGGAACCGCAAUGGCAUGGCUUCUAGGACCACAAUGGAAGUAUGAGUACACGACAAGAGAUGGUCGGAGAGUCUUCAUGGACAGCGCUCCUAUUCCACUCCUUUUGCGGUGGAGAAAUGAACAGCGACGUCUGUGAUUGGAGGCCAAGGAAGCUGAACACUUCCUCUCUCUCUUAAUGCCGUGUGCCAGUAUGAAUAUAGGGAUUGAAUGUAUUUUGAACGAUUUGAUCCUUGGUUAAAAAUACAGCUUUAUUAUACUAGUAAACAGUUGAUGCUUGAUAUCAUAGAGGCUUUUAUAAGAGCCAUCCUAGGAUCAAUUGGUGGAUUGGCAAAGGGUAGUUUUGUACAUUAAAAUCUUUCUUUCAGGGGUUGCAUCAUCUUCCCUGAUAGGUAGCGGUUUAUGUUUCCA